CACUCACUGUAGUUAUUUUCACCUAGCGUCGCGCGGCUCCAUAGCAACAAUACCGGCAAUUUUAAUUGGUUUAUGGAGCACGCCAUUCAAUGGUGUUUCCGGAGGUUGUGCGUAUUCUUGUCUACCUACCUGCUCCAGCAGCUUGAGGAGCGCGUUCGAAGGCACGCUCACUUGUAUUCUAGAUGAGUGCGCGCUGUGGAUAUUUUCUUUCGCAGAUCGCUGGAGAGGGCAGUUCAAAGCUACUGAAUAUAGUAGUAGGCUGUUUGUGCUUUUCGAGCUUAGUGCAGGACUUGCUAGUUUUGUAAUCCGAUGUAAUGUGCAAGAGGUUGUGGUUGCAUCAUCCUAGUAUCAUUCUGAUUUGAGAGGAAGAAUGGUGUGGACAAAAGCUGGCUUACAGGAGGUGACAAAAAGCUGGAACGGUGACAUAAAUGUCUUGUUGUGCAGGGUCACUGAUAUUGAUCGCUCCCAGAAUAGGCUGAGUUGUACAAGCAAUUUGUAAAAUUGAAGAAUCAUGCCCUGUUCCAGUGCAUUGGGCCUGUAUGUAAACAGAAGGCGCUGCUUGUUGCGUACAGUUGACAGAGGCACAGUAGCAACUGCUAUGUGCAUUUCUUACUUGAGUGAGCCCAACAGCAGCUGUUGUGGAGGGGAACGAGGAAGAGACAACUGGUGGCUGGAGGGGUGAGCAGCUCAGUCAUUUAGAAGGAAAACUUUGGAUUUUGGUAUCUUCCAAGGUCUCACUUGAAAUCAAGAGGAACAUUUUGCAUUGCCUAGACUAGAUGGUAUGGUUACCUUACAACUAGUGUUGUGAGCUUGGCAGAUAAUUUUAUGUUGACUCAUUGUUCUUUGAGGCCCCUGCAAACAUUUCUGUUUUUUUACAUAAGGAACUUGUAUCAUCUGUGCAAAAGGAAGCCAUGGCUACUUUUUGGAUGAUUUUAUGUCUUGGUUUUGUGUUUCUUUCCCUGCGGUACUCUGAGGGCCAUAGCCUUUUUGCAUGCGAGUCCAUCUCAUUGAGAAUGUGUCAGGACCUACCUUAUAAUACUACCUUUAUGCCAAACCUUCUGAAUCAUUACGAUCAGCAAACUGCAGCCUUGGCAAUGGAGCCUUUCCAUCCCAUGGUAAACUUGGAAUGCUCCCGCGACUUGCGUCCUUUCCUGUGUGCUAUGUUUGCCCCAGUGUGCAUGGAAUAUGGGCGUGUAACUCUUCCUUGCCGUUGGCUGUGCUUGAGAGCUCACAGUGAAUGCCACAAGUUAAUGGAAAUGUUUGGUGUAUCUUGGCCAGAGGAGAUGGACUGUACCAGAUUUCCUGAUUGUGAUGAACCCUACCCACGUCUUGUAGACCUUGUUUCAGCAGGAAAAUCUUCAGAGGAGAUCCCCAUGACAGUACAACGAGACUAUGGAUUCUGGUGUCCUCAGGAUCUAAAAAUUGACCCUGAGCUAGGCUACUCUUUCAUGGGAGUAAAGAACUGCUCCCCUCCUUGUCCUAACAUGUACUUCAGAAGGGAAGAGCUGUCCUUUGCACGUUAUUUCAUUGGUGUGAUCUCUAUUGUCUGCCUUUCUGCAACGCUAUUCACUUUUCUAACAUUCCUGAUCGAUGUGACAAGGUUUCGCUAUCCAGAGCGACCUAUUAUAUUUUAUGCUGUCUGCUACAUGAUGGUGUCCCUGAUUUUCUUCAUUGGAUUUCUGCUAGAAGAUCGUGUGGCCUGCAAUGAAGCCAUUCCAUCCCUAUACAAAGCCUCAACAGUUACUCAGGGCUCCCAUAACAAAGCCUGCACUAUGCUUUUCAUGGUACUGUACUUUUUCACUAUGGCCGGGAGUGUCUGGUGGGUUAUCCUUACCAUCACAUGGUUCUUGGCUGCUGUUCCCAAGUGGGGGAGUGAAGCCAUUGAGAAAAAGGCUCUGCUUUUCCAUGCCAGUGCAUGGGGCGUACCUGGCACCCUUACCAUCAUACUUCUAGCCAUGAACAAGAUCGAAGGUGAUAAUAUUAGUGGAAUCUGCUUUGUUGGCCUGUAUGAUGUAGAUGCCUUAAGAUACUUUGUCCUGGCUCCACUCUGCCUGUAUGUCAUAGUAGGCGUGUCCUUGCUUUUGGCUGGCAUCAUCUCUCUGAACAGAGUUCGUAUUGAGAUCCCCCUUGAGAAGGAGAACCAGGAUAAACUUGUGAAAUUUAUGAUCCGUAUAGGAGUUUUUAGUGUACUUUACCUUGUACCACUCUUGGUCGUGAUUGGAUGUUACUUUUACGAACAGUCAUAUCGGGGAGUGUGGGAGACAACAUGGAUCCAGGAACACUGUAGAGAGUACCAUAUUCCAUGUCCUUACCAGGUGACCCAGACAAGUCAUCCAGAUCUGAUCGUUUUUUUAAUGAAGUACCUUAUGGCUCUCAUCGUUGGUAUCCCUUCUGUAUUUUGGGUUGGUAGUAAGAAGACUUGCUUUGAGUGGGCCAGUUUUUUCCAUGGGAGAAAGAAAAAAGAUCCUGUGAAUGAAAGUCACCAAGUAUUGCAGGAACCAGACUUUGCUCACUCACUGCUCCGGGAUCCCAACACUCCUAUCAUUCGGAAAUCCAGAGGAACUUCAACACAGGGGACAUCUACUCAUGCCUCAUCCAGUCAGUUGGCCAUGAUGGAUGACCAAAGGAGUAGAGCUGGAAGUGUCCACAGCAAAGUCAGCAGUUACCAUGGCAGCCUGCACAAGUCAUGUGAUGGCAGGUAUACACCCUGCAGUUAUCGAGGAAUGGAAGAGCGGAUGACGCAUGGCACACAUGGCAGCAUGUCCAGAUUGACAGAUCAGUCCAGACACAGCAGUUCCCACCGUCUAAAUGACCAGUCAAGGCACAACGCUAGAGAUGUGGGUAACCCUGCCACUCAUAUUACACAUGGCACCAGCAUGAACCAGGUCAUUGAAGAAGAUGGAGCCAGCGCAUGACACUGCCACCCCUUUUAGAGAGGCCUGAGAGCAGUCACAUCUAGUGCUUACAUUCCCGGCAACAAGUGCUUCUGCAGGUGGCCCACAGAGCAGUGACUGUGAGUAAGUCCACUUUUGGCACAGAGACAGAGGUCUGGGACUGUUUUCUCUAAUUAUGGCUUUUGCUAGCCAUCAUUUUCUUGCUGGGUAUAACCUCAUAAAAGUAUUUGGUGCACUGCGUAUAAUGAUAAAAGGAGAUAAAGAAAGAAAUACAAGUGGUCAGCAAUUUUUUUUCUCCUGCUGGAUCUGAGCCUUCAGUCUGCUUUUUUCCAUUUAGUCCAUCUCCAAAGAUACUUCAGAUAAUGCCGAAUCCCACAGAUUUCACACACAACUGUCUUUAGAAAUCCUAGAGGGUAUACUUGCCACAUUGCAUCCCGUGAGGACUCCUGUAGCAGAAACCACAUUAAUCCAAGCAUAUUCCAUGUGAAUACUUUCUCUGGAAAAGCCUGACAUUUUAAAAAUGAAUUUGUUUUGGAGUCCUUUUCAAACAAGAAAAAAAUGUAAGGCUAAAGGAGCAUUCCAUAUACUUCUGCUUUGAUUAUGGUUCUGACUGUUAAACUCUUUUUCUGAUUUUCUUCUGUAGCCAAAACAAAAGCUGUAUGCAUUAGUCUCUUAACUCCAGUGGUAGUACAACACUGAGGUGAUAACUGCGUCUAGUAACCACUGACAUAUUCAUCAUGUACCCUUUUUGGAUAUUCCUAGUUCAUUUUCCUCACUUAUGCAUAACAUCGCACUUGUUACUUUAUUUUGGUGUUUUUAUACAUAAAGGAGAAGCAUGAACUCUCAGCUAGUACAUUUGAAGCACCUGUGACCUCUUUAAACUCAGUUUAGACUUCCUGAUUCAUUGACCGACUGUGAACAAACCUUUUUUGUUCAGUAUUGUAAAUGCUAUUACUGUCCAUUUAAGAAUAGAGAUAAUCACAAGAUGUAACAACUUGGUUUGGGAUAUCAUAUGCCUCAAAGAAUCCAUCGAUAUACCCAUCUGUAUCUUAAGAAGGUACAUUUCAGCAUCCCCCUAUUCGUUUUUGUAUCUACCUCAGGCACAAAUUAAGUUACUACUCAAAUGUUAUGAGUUUGGGUAACUUGCAGCAUUCUUCUGCAUCAAUAAUAGCGUAAUGGUAAAUACAACUGCCUUAUUCCAUAGCAAAUCUAGCUUAAUUGUAAGUAACUUGAAAUUCUGCCCCUGUUGUAUUCACUGAGCUGUCUGUUCAUGUCUUAUCUAGUAGGCAUCUGCGUCUGAGCAGAAGGAUAACGUCUCCAGUCAGGUAGAUGAGCAUUUGAUAGGUAGCAAAGACAGUUAUAAUCCGUCAGUCCACUUUAGCAUGGUAGUAACAUCAUCAGUAUAGUUAAGUCAGAGACCAUGAGUAUGAUAUGUGUAUUAGCAGUCAGUCUGAAACAUUUUCUUCCACGUAGAGUUAUGUAGCCCACUUCAAACAUUUUAGAGUUUUACUUUAGUCAAACUAGGUAAGCCAUUCCAUGAAAGCUUUUUGACUGAACUAAGUCUUUUCUUUUUCUUUGUUGAUCAGAUGGCAUUUGGUCGCACAUUCCAUUGCGAUACAAAUUCACCUAUACCAUAACAGAAGGAGGUGUAAAUACAUUUAUUAAAUUACCCCUCUGUUUUUUGUAUGCAAAUGAGAAAAGAGCCAAUUUUUACAUUUUAACUAAAGAGUUGCACUGUCAGUGCCACUGAGGAGUUUGUUUUAAUCUGUGUGUUUUCCGUCUUUCUUUUGUAAUUCUUAGUAUUUUUGACCAAACUUGAACAGCGUAUUCGUAUGUAAUGCUAGGGCUCUGUAAAGCUGCAGAAUAACAUACUGUAUCAGUAGAAACCACCAGUCUGCUAUAGUAACUUCUUUCUGUUUGCCCUCUGAAAAAUUAUGGAGAGAUACUAUUUCAUAUCAGACAUCCUCAUACUUUUUUCUGAUACCUUAGUGUAGUAAACCAUUAAAGGCAGAGAUUAAUAGUUUCUUUUCUGUGAUAUUUCAUUCGUACUUUGUAACAAGUCAUUAUUUAACAUGUUGACUAUUUUGGCCAGUCUAAUAUCACACAUUCUAUUCUUAAUAUGUUUUCUUGUUAACUACUAACAGAUGUUCACUACUAACAAGAGUGAUCUUUGAACCCUGUACAGCGCCAGUAUUGUGGACUCCUUUCUUAAACUGACCCAUUUGAAUCCUCUGUUACAUUAGUUUUGUUUCCUACAUGGAGGCUAUAAUUUUUAGGUCAUCUAGUUAGUAGUAAAUUAGAAGGGAGCUUAUUAGAUAGUGGCUGUGUCUAAACAAAUAUCAGUUAUGUUGCUUACUUAUUGUAGAGGUGUAGUGAGUUACUACUUCAUUUGUUUGUACCCCUGUUGCUGUGUAUUUGUAUGCGUAGCCUUAUGGUCUUGGUUUUCCCAGUGCUGUUCCUCAGCAUCCACUUCAGUCAAGAUUUUUAAUGCAUUAUAGAAGAAAGCUAAUUCUUGUUCUUCUGUUGAAGAUGUACCUAAUCUUCAGCCUACCUCCAUUGCUAAAUCUUCUCAGCCCUCUAGAAGAAGGAAGACAGCUAGAUACAAACAAAGUCCUUUAAAAUGCCAGCCCACCUCACCUAACACCCUGUCCUUCAUCACAAUUUCACAAGUAGACUCCUGCCCAGAUGGCCCAUAACAGUCCUGAGAAUUCCAUCUAAGAUUGGUAGAAGGAUUAUUUUCUUAGUUUGCCUCAUCCUGGGCAGCCAUCUUUCAAGACGGUUGGAUUCUUGGCAACAUAAUGACAAAUGCGAAAGAGAAAUUAUCUCAGGUUCAGUCUUCCAUGUUGAUAGAGAGUCAGACCCAGAGCCUGAAUAUAGGCCAUUUAAGUAUUUGUAACUCUAAGUCUUGAGCAAACAUCUUUUCAUCAAGUUCUUCAUCAGUGAACAUGCUACUUAUGCAGUUUACAUUAUGCCUGUAAAACUACUUUUAGUUCUAAAACUCAAAAAUAAAAAACACGCAGAGUUUAAAGAAAUAGUGACAUCUUGAUAAGAGGUAUAGCAAGGUCUACCUUUAAAUUCAGAGACUCUGGAAGAUUAUGUAAAACAGUAAGUGGUAAUAAUCUUUGUUUGUUGCUUAAAGGAGAAACUAGAUUUUUCCCUUAUGUUAUUUAAGCAAGCUUUAUGUGAAGAGUUUGAAUAGCAACUGUAUUUUUAAAGCCUAGUUACUAUUUCAGUAUUUUGUGGCAGGGAUAUACAAGUAGGGUUUCACAUGAUGUAAUCUCAAUUACGUAAUGUUAAAAGUCUGAACUCUGAUAGAAUAAAUUGUAGUUCAUGUUGUAAACCAUGUGUUACAUGAUUUGGAUAUAAAAAUGAUAUACAGUUAGAUCUUGGACCUGCUAUAAAACCGAAAGAAUAAACCAUUAACAUCUACCUCGAAGAUUCAGAUCAACACACAAAAAAAAAAACAGAUCCAUGGCAAAGAAGCUAUAUUUCAGCACAAUACACAGAACUGUGGUUGUAACCCAGUAGGUUGUGGCAGCAGUCAUGAAAGAAAAGUCUUACGUUGUGAAAUCACCCAUUUAUAUGGAAUAUGCAUGAACAAAGCAGGGGGGGGCCAUGCCUGCAUCCACUAAAGGAAGCCAGUCUCUGCUUGUGGGAAUUUGGAACCAUCUGGACCAUUUCCUGAUAGCAGUCCAAAUCUUAGGAUGUCCAUAUGUCAUAAUACACAUUUUUUCACUUUGUGUCCUCUUCAGUAUCUUUGUCUUCUUUAGGGUAGCAUUUAUACCAUUUUAUGGAAGUAAAGAACCCUGGAAGCCAGCCUGAUUGUUUCAGGAUAACAUGUGUUAUGCACUUAUCUGUGUUUAAAAGUGAUUUAUCAACCUGGUAUCUCCAAAGAAAAUAUCCACAGUGCUUAUUUUUAAGUACUUUUUUGUUAAGAAAUUCUUCUUAAAGUGGUUUGAAAUGCAAGCCUGUCUUUCUUUUAUACUUGUUUUUGUCAUUCCCCCACCUGACCUGACGACUAUUCACUGUUUUUGGUUAGCUGAUCGCAUUCCUUGUUCCUUCUACCAUUACUUCUUGUCCUCAGAUUGCAUUUGGAAUAAGGUGUAGCAAAGGGUUAGAUGGCCUUUCUUGCAGCUGACAAGAGCAGUUAAAGUUGUCAUCCCAAGGACAAUACUUGUAGUGACUAUCUCCAAAAUCAUGUAACAAAUAACUGCUGCUCAGAACAGGCGUCAGGCUGA